UACUGUGAAUGGCGUCUCUUUGAGCGCUUGUUUCCGUGCUCGGUGUCGUUAAGUUGAAAUUAAUAGCUGAUUUUUUGUGAAAAUCGUGACAAAAGUAUUAUCAUCUGAUUCGGAACUAGACGGUGCAUCGAUUUGCAAAAACUGGUAGAAUGGAAAGUUGUCGAGCAACGAGGGGUGGCGCAUCAGCAACCGGCAGUGCAAGUUCCGGAGUGGUGCCCGGUCCAGCAGAAACAGCCAAACGGGGGCGAAAGUCAACCGCACGUAAUCGAACCCCGUCUCCACCACCUGCCAGGAAAGCAUCCCCCACUCGAAAGGCAUCACCUUCCAGGGCGGCAAAGCGGACGUCCCCUGCGAGAAAGUCAUCGCCGGCGAAAAAAGCAUCACCUGCGCGAAAGGCUUCUCCAGCGCGGAAAGCCUCGCCAGCUCGAAAAGCAUCUCCUUCAAAAGUGGCUUCUCCCUCCAGGAAGGUUGGCCGUCCUUCGAAUGCUACUAAGCAAGACGAGAUUCGACGAGCCGUAAAAGAUACGGUCACCAGUAAGGUAUCGCCAGAUGAGCCCCGACGAUCUGUGCGAAUUCGGAUUUCCGAGCAGAGUGAGAAGAGCCCCGUACUGAAAAAGUCCUUGCGAGAUAAGCAGUUAUCGAUUAUUUUAGACGACGAAGAUGACUUCAAGAAAGACUCACCGGCGAAGAGCACCACGCCGAACACGAGCCAAAGAUCAAUCGUGACAACAACAGGUCGGAGCCGCAUCAGUGGGUCACGAUCUGUUAGUGUGGCCAAUGAAUCGCAGGAGUUCUCUGACCAAGAGGAGAACGAAUUUCAGAGUUUCCACAAAGAUGGUAAUGGAUUGAAUCAAGAUAAAUCUUAUGCCAGGACAAGUACUUCAAAACAGUUGCAUGACCUCCGCGAGUUCGGUGGAACUUGGGGUGUUUUGGCGGUCCUUUUACUGGUUCCAGCUUUCAUCUUCUUAACGAAUCACUUCUGCUCCGGGGUAGCUCAUCGGGACUGUACAUUCAGAAUACCUUCUAACCUGGACGAAUUUAAGGCAGUUUCUACGUACUUUAAUCGUGAAAUUGGAGUCAUAUUUCUCCUCUUCACCUGGGGAAUAGCUAUGGUUACUGCACUGCCCGUCGGCAAGGCUGUCAAAAUAGUCGAUGAAGUACGCGGUCAGCAAAGUUACAUUUUCACCGGAUUAUCCUGCGCCGUAUUUAUAGGACUGGCCGUCUUCGUCGCUGAAUACUGCUAUAAGUACCCUUUGAUCUCAACCGUUAGCAAGGGCUACAAUCAGCUGUUGAUGAUUAGUUUGGCAUACGCCUUCGUAACUGCUGCACUGGCUUUCGUCAAAUCUCGUUACGUACCACAAGUAAAUUGGAAUCCAUACGCUAAGUCCGGACGGGUUCUGUCGGACUUCUUCAUCGGACGUGAAAUCAAUCCUCUCACCUUUAACACGUUGAAUCUCAAAUUGAUCCACUAUCACAUCUCAGUUAUUCUCGCGCUGCUCUUCAAUUCAAUCAUUUUGUACCGCAAUGUCCACUUCCCGGUUUUCCUUGCCGAACAACAGGAACUUCCCCUUAUGGAAAAGCUAGUUUUCACCGUGAAAAACCUCGAAUAUGAACCAACCCCAGUUUUGGCCGCUAGCCUUACCAUCCUAUAUCUUCUGGACCUGCUCACCUAUGAACAUCAUCUGACGCAUUCGUUCGACCUGCAGAGCGAAGGAUUUGGCGCCCUGUUGCUACUGCGGUAUGCCGUGUUCCCGUUCACUUUGACCCUGUUGCCCAAGUACGUGGCCACCCACAAGUUGACAGACGUCCCGGCUUGGGCGUGCCGCCGGUUGCUCGUGGCUAAACUGUGGAGUCGCGUCCGCUAGCCAAACUACGCCGGUGACAUCCUGCAGAACGUAGCCCUGCUCCCGCUGCUCUACUGGCGCUUUGCCUGGCCUCCGCUGUUGGCGGUUUUGUUCACCGUCGCCUUGCUGGUUCAUCGUGCUGUCCGCGUCAUCGAUCGCAACGCUAAAAAGUACAAUUCCGCAUGGCAGCGGUACUGCUCGAAGGUGCGAUAUAUGUUGGUGCUUAACCCUUAA